CCUCUGGGAGCCUCCCUGGAUGAGCAAAGCAAUCCUCUGUUGAAGGGCAUGUUGGUGAGAAAUGGAGGAAGUUUUGAAGAUGACUUAUCCCUGGGAGCCGAAGCUAAUCAUCUGCGCAGUGAUACUCAAAUGGAAACAUGCAAUGGUGUGCUGGCGAAGGAGAGGAGGCUACAGUUCCACCAGAAAGGGAGAAGUAUGAACUCCACCGGGUCUGGAAAAAGCAGUGCGACUGUUUCAAGUGUUUCUGAAUUACUGGAGCUUUAUGAGGAAGAUCCUGAAGAAGUGCUCUAUAACCUUGGCUUUGGAAGAGAUGAACCAGAUAUUGCUUCAAAAAUUCCAGCAAGAUUUUUUAAUUCGUCAUCAUUUGCCAGAGGGAUAGAUAUCAAAGUGUUCUUGAAUGCCCAAAUACAGCGCAUGGAAGUGGAAAAUCCGAAUUUUGCUUUAACCAGUCGCUUUCGUCAGAUUGAGGUGCUUACCACUGUGGCCAAUGCUUUUUCUUCUUUGUAUUCUCAAGUCUCUGGGACUCCUUUGCAGAAAAUUGGUAGUAUGAAUUCAGUGUCUUCCAGCAAAGAGGCAUCCAGCCCUCCCCCUUUAAAUCGCAGCAAUACGGCCAGUCGGUUAAUGAAGACCUUGUCAAAGCUCAAUCUGUGUGGCACGCAGCAAGCUGACGGUAGUGGCUGCUCGACUCCUUCACCUGUUGAAAAAGGGAAAAGUCCAGCUGAACUAGAGAGUGAGGAAAACGAUGUUAAAAACGAAUCUAAAAAGUACCCUAAAAAGAAAGACUCUUCCUCUUUUUUGGCUACUGUAAAGGAGGAGAUAGCCAGUAGUCAAACAAAUGCUGCAGACACACGUAGAGCUGCAAACCUUCCUGCUGUGGCUGAUGAUAAGCGAGAGGGUUCUGUACCUCCUGCAGAUGUGCAGAGCAGCAGGUCAGAAAGCACCCAGGAUAGACUGUGUGAAGAACCCGAUCUUCUGGACUCACCAAGCCUCAGCAGCAGUUCCAGUACAUCCAACAGCAGCGCCUCGACACAAAGGCCACUUGCAGCAUCGCUGGGUAGAGACCCCUGUGCUCCCCUCGCAAACCCGUCCAUAAUGAAUCUAAUGCUGCAGCAGAAAGACUCCUUUGAGAUGGAAGAGAUCCAGAGUACAGAGGGGGAUCUACCACACAUUCCAGCUUCUCACCAGCUGGCGGUGACGAAGUCAAGGAAAGAUCAGCUGUUACGGACUGCGAGUCAGCACUCUGACAGCAGCGGCUUCGCUGAGGACUCCUCCACAGAUUGUUCUCCAUUUAACCAACUUCAGGUCCAGGAGUCUUUACAGGGCAUGGGAAGCAGUGCUGACAGUUGUGACAGUGAGACAACCGUGACGUCGCAUAGUGAGGAACAGAAGACACCGAUAGCCAAGGAACUGCCCUGUUUCAAUAAGUUUGAGGAGGAGGAAGAAGAUGGUGAUGAGGAUGAUGAUGAAGAGGAUAUUAUCUCUCAGGUAGAGAGAAGAAAGGUAGGGUCAACUUUUGAGAACAGAAGGAGUGAAGAUAGGAAAAUUAUUGACUAUGAAACUGAACAAAAUCAAGGAGGAGAAAGCAAGGCAUCUCAUAUGUUAGAGACAGUCCAAGGAGAGGUAAGCUCUAAAGAGGAAGACGUUUCCGGUGAGCAAAAAGAAUUGGACCUGUUGGAGGAAGGCAAUGUCUUUGAGUUUCCUCAGUACCACACGCACCAUAUCCUCAAGUCAGUGGAGUCUCUGGACCGUGGUGGCUCCUCCGCAUCAUCCGUGGACAGGGUUCAUGUUGCUUUGCAAAGAGCCGAGAUGAGGAUCGUCAGUACACCUGACUCCAGGGCUGGACGCACUCUGCUCAAGUCGAAAGACCUCCUGAGGAAGCAGAGACUCUGGUUUGCUGAAUCGGGCUAUCCUCUAAGGCGGUCUCAGUCUCUCCCAGCUGCAUUGCUGAAUCCAGUGAAAGUGGUGUCCUCUGUGAACGUCCAGUUAACUCCUGGAAAAGAGACUCGGUGUGGUCCUCCUUCUUUCACCUACAAGUACACACGUGUGGAGGAAGAUGAGAAAGCGACAUCUGAGAACGACAAAAGUGGGGACGAGGCAGCUGCCGGCCAGCCGGUGUGCAAAUCCACACUGUUCAUCGCACCUUCAUCCUCCAAAAAAGAAGUGCCCCAGACUGGGCCCAACAGGCUGUCGGAGGAGCCCAGUCCCACCAGGGUACAGAGCUGCUCGCUGCACGUGCCGGCCCACAUGUCCCAGUCGACAUGCUCCCUCCACUCCCUCCCCACUGAGUGGCAGGACAGACCGCUCUGCGAGCAUGUCAGGACACUGAGCACCCACAGCGUCCCCAGCAUCUCCGGCUCUUCCUUCAGUGCCUUGCUUUCCCCCUUGAGCUGUCCCUUCUCUCCAAGGCAUGCUGGAUUUCCUCAUCGACCUCAUGCCAUCAACCCACCUUCCACCCUGGAGAUGCAACCUGACAUCAGAAACUCUCUGCAGAACCUCUCACAGUACCCAGUGAUGAGGGGUCAGGAUCUUUCAGCUGCCACUGGUUACACUACUCAGAGAUCAUCCAUUCUACCUCUCUACGAAAAUACUUUCCAGGAGCUACAAGUGGUAAGGCGAAAUCUAAACUUAUUCAGAACCCAGAUGAUGGAUUUGGAGUUAACUAUGUUACGUCAACAGACAACAGUUUAUCAGCACAUGACAGAAGAAGAAAGAUAUGAAGCUGAUCAGCUACAGAGCUUGAGAAAGUCUGUCCGCAUGGAGCUACAGGAGUUAGAGAUGCAGUUAGAAGAACGUCUACUUGCUUUGGAAGACCAGCUGAGAAGUCUGCACAUGUCUUCACCUUACAGACCUCAGACACACAUAGGUAUGUAUGGAAGCAGAAGUGCUGAUAAUCUAUCAUGCCCUUCUCCACUGAAUGUCAUUGAACCAGUCUCUGAACUCAUUCGAGAGCAGUCAUUUCUGAAGUCUGAACUAGGUUUAGGACUGGGAGAUCUUGGACUGGAAGCUCUUCCAGCAGAGGGUACAGAGUCUAUCUUUUCCCAUGGAAACUCUGAUUCCUCUUCAGUGUGCUCUGGUCACGCAGGUAGAAAACCUGCUGUUGCAUCCUCUGAACUAACAGGAAAGUCUAAGAGUCACAGCAAGAAGUUAUACCGAGCCUCCGUUGCCUUAACGCCAGCUCCCCCGGUGAGAGUAGGUGCUGGACAGCAGGUGGAAAGCUCCGAGGAGCUUGCAGACUCCAAGCCAGAGGUGGAGCACAAACUUGAAAAAGUUCCUGUCAUGCCUUCGGUUGAUGAAAUCCACAAAGCUGUGGAGCAAGAGGAGCUGCAGCAAGUCAUACGGGAGAUCAAGGAAUCUAUUGUUGGUGAAAUAAGACGAGAAAUUGUAAGUGGGUUGUUAGCAGCUGUAUCACCCCAAAGCAGAUCUGCAACUGCAAAACAAGAUACACAGCCAUGAAACUGGUACUACAGGUAAUUGCUGUGGGAUUCUGCUUUGGGCAGCGUAUGCUGGUGGAAGUGUCAAGUUCUUUUUGCUUCAGGAGAUGUUAAAGCUGCUGAGAUAGGCUACUGUAUUCAACACUUGGUUCUCUGAUGUGUACCUUCCCUUGGGUUCAUCUAUAAAGACUUAGACACUUUAACUAGUUCAUUACUUUUCUUAAAGCAUCAA